UCUGACUUUUGAGAUGGAAGGAGCUCGCAAAUUCGUAUCUGAAGAGUUUCUCAGUUCUCUCUAAGACAUUGAUAAACCAUCCAACAUUGGCCACGUGAUUGUCUUCUGUUCGUGGGAUUGAAGUACAAUUAAGAGGUAAAGGAUGGCAUGUAAGGGCUUCUGGGAGUGCCUUUUGAGACUUCUGAACUUCUUGAUGACUCUUGUUGGUCUGGCAAUGGUGGGCUAUGGGAUCUAUCUGUUAGUUGAAUAUCAAAGAGCUAAGGGCAACAUGCCGACUUUUGCUCCUAUCAGUGAUGAUCAUGCUCUGAUUCAACUUGGUCGUCCCUUGCUAAUGUCUGUGUCUUUAUCAAACAGUGUAUUUGAUAACUUGCCCAAGGCUUGGUUUAUUUACUUCUUCAUUGGUAUUGGAGUAAUUCUCUUUGUCAUUUCUUGUUUUGGUUGUAUUGGAGCUGUGACAAGGAAUGGCUGCUGCCUGAGCUGUUAUUCAGUUUUGGUAGCACUGUUGAUUUUGGCUGAGCUGGGGUGUGCUGCCUUUAUAUUCUUUGACAAAAGCUGGAAAGAAGAAAUUCCUGCAGAUGUAACUGGAGAUUUUGAUAUGAUAUAUAAAUUUCUGAAAGAAAACUGGAAUGUCGCAAAAUGGGUUGCACUGGGAAUUGUAAUCUUUGAGGCCCUUCUUUUCUUGUUAGCUAUUAUUGUUAGGGCUGUAAAUAGGCCGGCCGAAUAUGACAGUGAUGAUGAGUUCAUUGCUCCUAGGCCUCAGAUUCGGCAGCCAUUGCUCAACAACAGGCCUACAGGUCCAGUAACAGGUGUACCAGUUGCAGGGACACUUGACCAACGUUCAAGCAGAAAUGAUGCUUGGAGCGCACGGAUGAGGGAGAAGAGAUCGCAGCAAGCGAACUCGCAGCCAACUGAAGAAGGGAGCCGCUGUACUAUCAUGUGAUCACACUUUUGUGCAUUGCCGAUCAAAGCAAAGAGGAUUUGACUUUGAAGGAUUGUUUUUUUAGUGGACCGAUGGGGGUUGAAGACAAGAAUUUCAUCAGAGAAGCCCUUUUCUUUUGUUGAGUUUGUGCACAACUAACAUUUUUGUGUACCCAACCAACUUUUUCUUUCCAAAUUGGUGUGUAAUGUUGUGCUAAUAUCAAAAUUGUUUGUUGUGUUGCUUUUGUUCAUAGAUCGGAAGAAUAAUGAAGUCGUUGUCAUGAUGAUUAUUGUAUCAUUCUGCUGGGAACCAAUGCUUUAUAUUUCUCCUCCCUCCAAUGCGUCUUACUAAACUAUUGAUGGGAUAAAGAUCAUCUGGCAAUUCAUUACUAAUGUCUCUGCCAUUUAUGUUUUGUUUUCACUGAGAUAAAAA